AUGGAUGUUUGCUGUGUCCACGUCCUUCUGCUGCUCCUGCUGCACACUCUGCAGACGUCAGCUGAGGGCUCAGAUGGACAACUGGUUUGUCUUUGUGAGGGCCCCAAAUGCCUGCAGGCCACACAGUGCCACGGCACCCAGUGCUUCUCCUCUAUUAAAGCUGGAAGUGACGGGUAUUUAUUUGAACGCGGCUGUCUCUUGGGGCCAGAGAAAAUCCGCCUGCAGUGCUCCACCUCUCCAUCCACCUACCAGGUCAUUCAGUGCUGCGCGGAAGAUCGGUGCAACAGCAACACCACCAAGAGCUCGCUGAUGUCUUUUCUUCCAUCAGCUCCAGAAGGGGAACCAGUUCGCUAUCGUGUGGAGACAUUAGCUCUCUUUGUGCUCGGCCCAGUGGUCGUUCUGGUUCUGCUGUCUGUGGUGUCAGUGCUGGCCUGCAGGAGGCUCCACCACGGCCGCCUUCAGAGACUGCAGGAGUUUGACACGGAGCAAGGAGCCAUUGAUGGUCUCAUCACCUCCAAUGUGGGGGAUAGCACUUUAGCAGACCUUUUGGAUCACACUUGCACAUCAGGCAGCGGUUCAGGUCUUCCAUUCCUCGUCCAGAGAACUGUGGCCAGGCAGAUUAGUCUGGUGGAGUGUGUUGGUAAAGGGCGGUAUGGAGAGGUGUGGCGAGGCCAGUGGCAGGGCGAAAACGUGGCUGUGAAAAUCUUCUCCUCCAGAGACGAAAAGUCCUGGUUCAGAGAGACGGAGAUCUACAAUACGGUGCUGCUGAGGCACGACAAUAUUCUGGGCUUCAUGGCCUCAGACAUGACCUCUCGAAACUCCAGCACUCAGCUGUGGCUCAUCACUCAUUACCAUGAGAACGGCUCUCUCUAUGACUACCUGCAGCGAGUCGCCGUGGAGACGUCCGAGGGUCUGGCGAUGGCAGCAUCCAUAGCCUGUGGCCUUGUUCACUUGCACACGGAAAUAUUCGGCACAGAGGGCAAACCUGCCAUAGCACACAGGGACCUGAAGAGCAAAAACAUUCUGGUGACCAAGGAGCUGCGCUGCUGCAUUGCAGACUUGGGGCUGGCUGUGACCCACACACAGGCCGACAACCUGCUGGAUGUGGGCAACAAUCCAAAGGUUGGCACCAAACGCUACAUGGCACCUGAGGUGUUGGAUGAAACCAUUCAGACAGACUGCUUUGAUGCAUACAAGAGAGUGGACAUAUGGGCCUUUGGACUGGUGCUGUGGGAGAUCGCGAGGCGCACAUACAGCAAUGGUAUCGUCGAAGAGUACAAGCCUCCCUUUUACGAUCAGGUGCCAAACGACCCCAGCUUUGAGGACAUGCGGAAAGUGGUGUGUGUGGAGCAGCAGAGGCCUUUCAUUCCCAAUCGUUGGUUCUCGGAUCCAACUCUAUCUGCUCUGGUAAAACUGAUGAAGGAGUGUUGGUACCAGAACCCCUCUGCCCGGCUUACGGCGCUGCGCAUCAAGAAGACCCUGGACAAGAUUCACAGCUCUCUGGAGAAGGGCAAGGAGUCGUGA